AUGGACGCCUCCUCCCUCCGCAUCUCCAAGUUCGAUGGAACUAACUUCCACGCCUGGAAGUUCAAGAUGCAGAUGGUGCUGGAGGAACGGGACCUAUGGGAGGUCGUCAGCGGUGAGAUCAAGGCGGAACAGUGCGAGACUCAGUUGGACCAAGCGACGUACAAGAGGAAGUCAAGAAAGGCGAUGGCAGUGAUCUGUCUAGCCAUGGAAGAUUCCCAGCUACCGUUGGUCCGGUCGGCAAGUGGUGCAUGCGACGCAUGGUCAAGGUUGGAAGACCACUUCGAGAAGAAGAGUCUUGCCAACAAGCUGUUCUUGCGCCGUCGCUUCUUCACGACAAUGAUGGAAGAAGGCGACGAUGUGCUCGAACACAUCAACAAGCUCAAGACGCUGGCGGAACAGCUAGAAGCGGUGGGGGCUCCAGUCUGCGAGGACGAUCUGGUGAUCACACUCCUCGGCAGCCUGAGUGACUCGUAUCAAUUCUUGAUCACAGCUUUGGAGUCGCGCUCAGACACUCUUAGCUGGGAGCUCGUGACGUCUCGACUGCUUCAUGAAGAAAUGAAGCGGAAGGAGCAAGGAAGUAAAGGUGAUGAAGCUUCGCAAGGUCAAGCGUUCAUCACAAGGGACAAUCAGCGCAAAGGGCGACCAGUGAAGAAGUCCUGGCCGUGCCACAAUUGCGGAAAGAUUGGUCACUGGAUGGCGGAGUGCCCCUCGCGCAUCCAAGAAAACACGGAGAGACACCGGCCACAGCGUGCUCAAGACAGCGGCGACCGCUAUCGAUCACAACGUGCAAACGUCGCUCAAGAAGAAGACUCGGGCGACUACCUCUUUUCGAUCGGUGAAACGACAUCUGCGAAAUCGAGCGACAUCUGGCUGGUCGACUCCGGGGCGACGCAGCACAUGACGUGCUCCAAGAAGUUCAUGCGGAACUACAAGGGGUUUGACGCUGUGGAUGUCCAUCUCGCGGAUGAUGGAAUCGUCCAAGCAAUCGGCAGUGGGGACAUUGUCAUGUCGAUGAAGACACCCCAAGGGAUGAAGAAAGGUGUGCUCACAAACGUGUGGCACAUCCCAAAGUUAUCCAGAAACCUGUUCUCGGUCGGCCGCUUCACCAAGGAUGUCGGCCCAGUGACGUUCACGAAGGAUGGGUGCUAUGGAGAAGCGAAAGGGACCAAGUGGAAAAUUGGUGCCCGUGAAGGUAAAGGACUGUUCAAGCUGCAAAUGACUCCAGUGGCGCCGGAACAAGCAAAUGCAGCCAAGUCGUCGGGAUGUCAAGGGGGCACCAAGUCGUACCUCUGGCACCUUCGGCUUGGCCACAUAGGUCACGAUGGACUCAAUUGCAUCGUGACGAAGAACAUUGGAAUUGGCAUCGACAUAUCUUCGGUGAAGAAGUGGGACGUGUGUGAAGGUUGUGCUCUGGGAAAACAGACUCGAGUGCGCUUCCAAUCAAACACUACAGCUCGCACCUCCAAACUCCUCGAAGUGAUUCACAGCGACGUAUGCGGACCGAUGUCGAUGGCAACUUUCAGUGGAAAACGGUACUUCGUGACAUUCAUCGAUGACAAGUCAAGAUACUGUGUCGUCUAUCUGCUCAAGAGCAAAUCUGAAGUUGCGGCGAAGUUCAUGGAAUACGCUGCGAUGGCCGAAACGCAAACCGGAAAGCGCGUGAAGUACCUUCAAAGCGACAAUGGGGGUGAAUACAAGUCCGACAAGCUGGCACGAUUCUGCGCGGAACGGGGAAUACAACAAAGGUUCACACCCCCAUAUACUCCUCAGCUAAACGGAGUAGCUGAGAGAAUGAAUCGCACGCUGGUCGAGUGUGCGCGUUGCAUGAUGGAACACGCUGGACUGGGAAAGAGCUACUGGGGUGAAGCAGUGAUGACGGCGAUGUUUCUUCGAAACCGCUGUCCAACACGUGCCAUUCACCAAGACAAGUCUCCAUAUCAAGUGUGGACGAUGAAGAAACCGAUUCUGGCCAACCUUAAAGUGUUUGGAUGCCACGCGUAUGUUCAAGUGCCUCAAGACAAACGCGCGAAGUUCGACUCCAAGUCAUCACUCUGUCGUUUCCUGGGAUACGCCGAACACCAGAAGUCAUAUCGAUUUGAGGAAGUGUCAACAGGAGCGAUCAAGAUCAGUCGCGAUGCCACAUUCAUGGAAGACAAGUUUGAUGAAGGUACGCGCAACUACAACGAUGAGUCAAGUGUCGUUGAGUUUGAUGAUCAUGAUGAGGACGAAGAAAAAGAAGAAGGUAAAACUGACGACGACAUGGACUCGAGCGACGAUGACAACGAAGACACCAGGUCUUCGAAGAGCAACAUCAAGAGACACACGCGCACUCAAUCACUUGAGAAAGCUACCGUCAUUCCAAGUCCCAAGCGAAGAACAUACAGAGGUCCGUCGCUUGAGCAUGUGUCAGCGGCUGCAAUGGAUUUUGAAGCAGCCUACAUCGUUGAUUCAGUGGGGGAAACGCCGGGGGGUGAUGAACUUUAG